GUUCUGUGGCUACAGGAGGUCUAAACACCCUGAUGAGAAGAGACUGCACUUUGGCAAUGGACACUUGCGCCUGCCAGGUAUAAGGACCUACGUAGACCCUCACACCUAUGAAGACCCCAGUCAGGCCGUCCAUGAGUUUGCCAAGGAGCUGGAUGCUUCCUGUAUCGCCAUCGACAAGGUGGUGGGAGCAGGUGAGUUUGGGGAGGUGUGCAGCGGUCGUCUGCGUCUGCCCAGUAAGAAGGAGAACUGUGUGGCCAUCAAGACUCUGAAGGCAGGAUACACCGACAAACAGAGACGGGACUUCCUGUCUGAAGCGUCCAUCAUGGGACAGUUUGACCAUCCAAACAUCAUCAGGCUGGAGGGAGUGGUCACCAGGAGUAAACCUGUGAUGAUAGUAACUGAAUAUAUGGAGAAUGGAUCCUUGGACAGCUUUCUGAGAAAACACGAUGCCCAGUUUACUGGUAUCCAGUUGGUGGGCAUGCUGCGUGGCAUUGCGUCGGGCAUGAAGUACCUGUCUGACAUGGGCUACGUCCACAGAGACCUGGCCGCCCGCAACAUUCUGGUCAACAGCAACCUGGUGUGUAAGGUGUCUGACUUCGGCCUGUCCAGAGUCCUGGAGGACGACCCCGAGGCUGCUUACACCACGCGGGGAGGUAAGAUCCCUAUCAGGUGGACAGCUCCAGAGGCUAUCUCCUACAGGAAGUUCACCUCGGCCAGCGACGCCUGGAGCUACGGCAUCGUGCUCUGGGAAGUGAUGUCAUACGGGGAGCGGCCUUACUGGGAGAUGUCCAAUCAGGACGUUAUCAAAGCAGUAGAUGAGGGCUACAGACUGCCUCCUCCUAUGGACUGUCCUGCUACUCUGUACCAGCUGAUGUUGGACUGCUGGCAGAAGGAGAGGAACAACAGACCCAAGUUCGAACAAAUCGUCAGCAUCCUGGAUAAACUCAUACGCAACCCUGGGAGCCUGAAGAUCACAGCCAACACCUCACCCAGGCCAGCCAACCUGCUCCUGGACAGGAGUAGUUCCGAGGUGGUUCAGUCAUUGGGAACAAUGGGGGAUUGGCUGGACAACGUGAGGACUCUGCCCUGUAAGGAGGCCUUCUCUGGGGUCAGCUACAGCUCCUGUGACACCCUGCCCAAGACCUCCGCAGAGGACCUAAAGAAGGUUGGUGUGACUAUCGUCGGCCCCCAGAAGAACAUUGUGAGCAGCAUCAAAGCACUAGAGAGCCACAGUAAGAACGCCCCUGUCCCAGUGUAACUCGACCGAGCCACUAGAGACUGGCUGUCUGGCUGACUGGCUGACUGGCUGCCCUCUGGGCCCCGUUCCAAUCUGAAUGAAACCCCUCUGGGCCCUGUUCCAAUCUGAAUAAAGUCCCUCUGGGCGACGUUCCAUUCUGAAUGAAGACCCUCUGGGCUCCGUUCCAAUAUGAUUUAAAGUGUCUCCCCUUCAGACCUCUGUGAACGUUUCAAUGACGUUCCUUCCACAAGGGAGGCUUCCCUUUGCGAGGGGUAGUGAUGGGGAGAGGAGGGCCUCAUUGGAUUAGAACAGCCCUCUGAUCUCUCUAACAUACAGGAAGGAAGUCCCAAACUAAAGGAGGAAGUAGACACUCCACACAAAUGCUGAGAUGCCUUACUCAGAACAGGAGAGGAGAGGAGAGAACCUGGCCUUGGACCUUGGGGCAUGGCGAUAAAGGGCUGGUGCUGGGAUUGGAUAACGUGGGACAGCAGGGCCCUUUGUGUGACCUAUAGUGGUAAGGGGCUCGUUGAGAACUGAUCCAAUCGUGAUCCUAUGGACUUGACUGACAACUCUUUAACUCUGGAGAGGGGGACAUUAAAUGCCUUGAGUAGAAUAAUGCAGUCAGCAGCAGCAAUUCACUCACAUCAACCUGGAGCAGACAGAAGCAGACCUGGAGAUUCAUUCAUGAACUUUGAGACGCUGGACUCCCACCACUAAAGACCCCACUCACUCUCACAGAGAAGGACUGAUACCACUCUGUGUGUCUGUGUGUCUGCUCCUGUGUUACUCAAGAGAAAGUCAGCUUGAGAAAGAAGCCAAACCAUUGGAUGGGCACCCAGACUAAGCCAUGUUUCCCCUAGCUAUAGCCUCAGUCUGAAAACAGUUGAUGUCAAACAGAAAGCAAUAAUCACAACAAUCAGUUUAUCAGUUUGAUCAACCAGAACCAAUGAGACUCACACAGUUUGCUCUGAUGGUUCACAGGACAUAUCAGACCACAUACAGAACUGUAAUUAACUGCCACAAGUCUGCUUAUUAUACAGUAGGUAAUGAUACAUCACUCCAAGCUUCCUUAUUCCUACCCCUAGUGUGAAAUCUCAGUAUGUGUUAUUCAUUCAAACUAAAGCAGGAUAGAGAGAAAAGGAGAGAUUGAGAGAGAGAGAGGUAGAAGUAGAGAGAGCUGUGGAGGGAGAGAGGAAUAGAGAAGGAAAUGCAGAGAGACAGACAGAGAGACAGACAGAGAGAGACAGACAGACAGAGAGACAGACAGAGAGAGACAGACAGACAGAGAGACAGACAGAGAGAGACAGACAGACAGAGAGACAGACAGAGAGACAGACAGAGAGAGACAGACAGACAGAGAAAGACAGACAGAGAGAGAGAGAGAGAGAGAGGUAGAGAGAGAAUACCUUGCAACCGACUACUCCAGAGCAUAUUCUGCUCUGUAAGGUAGAUAGGUGACACUCAAUGACCCCGAGCUCUUCUAAUGCCUUCUUCCAGCAGCGGUGGAGAUCUCACAACUCUCUGGAAACAACGAGUGUGUGGAGCAGACAAUGAUUCUCUCUGGAAACAACGAGUGUGUGAGUGUAAUACAUCUCUGGAGCAGACAAUGAUUCUCUCUUGAAACAACGAGUGUGUGAGUGUAAUACAUCUCUGGAGCAGACAAUGAUUCUCUCUGGAAACAACGAGUGUGUGAGUGUAAUACAUCUCUGGAGCAGACAAUGAUUCUCUCUGGAAUCAACGAGUGUGUGAGUGUAAUACAUCUCUGGAGCAGACAAUGAUUCUCUCUGGAAACAAUGAGUGUGUGAGUGUAAUACAUCUCUGGAGCAGACAAUGAUUCUCUCUGGAAACAACGAGUGUGUGAGUGUAAUACAUCUCUGGAGCAGAUCCAAUAUUGCGUGUGGAUGCGUGAUAGCACCCCCGUCUGUCCCCUGCCCGCCUGUUGCCCUUAGCUGCUGUUGUAUGUUCUAUUAGCAUGUACAUAUGUAAACAACCAUGUAACUAUAGCUACUAGCAGUACAGUCCCCUUCCAUAGACAUCCCUUUGUACAAAUGUUUCUAUGUAUAAAAGAAUGAACAAAAAUAUCUGUGCAACAUUUUGAAAAGGCAAAAAUUAUUUGUAUUAUAUUUGAUGUUAUUUUGUCUUAUAUUUGUUUUUUACAUUAAAAAAAGCAAUUAUAAUAACCUAUUAUUUAUUUGUUAACAUAUAUAGUGCAUAAGUGUAGUGUUUUGUUUGUAGCAGACAGUAGGUUAUAACAUGGUUCUGUGACAGCGUCGUCAAUGUUUUCUGUUUUCUUUAUAAUCAUGAACAUUUGGAAGAGCAAUACUGUUAACCACCCCCUCCCUACUCUUUUAGCUUUCUUUAGAUGAACGUGUGUGCGUGUGUAUGUGUGUGCAUGCAAGCGUGUGUGUGUGUCUCUGUGCGUGCGUGUGUGUGUGUGUGUGUGUGUGUGUGUGUGUGUGUGUGCUUGUGCAAAUGUAAAAGGCCUUGUCUACUAAUGUUAAAUGAUUUGUAGUGGAAACAUUUAUAUUUUUAUAAUAAACAUUCUUAAAAUA